AUAUAGAGAUUAGAGGAAGAGAAUAAACGCUACCCAUCACUACACACCAACUCCUCCAAAUUAUUAUUUCCUAAUUUUUCGCGACUUUUAAAGCGGAGAGUCUCCCUUCUCCGUUCACAUCCGCGUUGUAAAGCUCCCACCUUGUUGUGGAAGUAAGAAUAAAAAUAAAAAAAUAGCAAAAAAAAAAAAAACCCUAAUCCUCUUCCUUUGCUUAAUCCCCAGACGUUUCUUAUCGGAUCUGGAAAUCAUUGGGCAUCAUCUGAUAUAGGAUGCCCUCAAGCUGUUUAACUGGGAAAUUAUCAAUCCUGAGAACAAUGGUUUUGAGCGUGAAGCCGUGAACUCCAUUGCAGUAUAAAGCUUAGAUCGCCUGCUUAAGAGGAUGGUUUCUGUUGUUAAUAAUGAAAAAUUCACAGAUGAAAUUCAGGAACCAGGUUUGAUAUCAGACAAUUCUUACAGCACCAAAGAUGAAAUCUCUCUUUACAUUCAAUCAUCAUCUAAAAAGGAACUCUUGAGUGAAAGUAAUCAGCGGAACAAUUUUAUGAAUAUUUUCAAGGCACUGCCAAGUGGAGCCAGGUUAAGGAAGUUUGGUGCUUCUCCCUCAAUCAAGUUCCGCCAAAUCGCAUUGGAACGAGACGAGAUCUCGCGCUCGGUUCAUUCUGACCCGCAUCAUUUUCACAUACUCUUCAUCAGGAAAAUCAAUUGGGCUCAUCUGUGGCAACUAUCCAAGGAAUGGAUUAAAGACCCUAUGAACUUGGCUCUUUUCGUUUGGAUUGCUUGUGUAGCCAUUUCUGGCGCUAUCCUUUUCCUCGUCAUGACUGGCAUGCUAAAUCAUGCUUUACCCGAAAAAUCCCAAAGAGACAGCUGGUUUGAAGUCAACAACCAAAUCCUGAAUGCUUUAUUCACUUUAAUGUGCCUCUAUCAACACCCGAAACGGUUCUACCACCUAGUGCUCUUGUGUAGGUGGGAACCCAAAGACAUCCUGAAGCUUAGAAAAGUAUAUUGUAAAAACGGCACUUACAAGCCUCACGAAUGGAUGCAUAUGAUGGUCGUGGUGCUUCUUCUCCAUUUGAAUUGCUUUGCUCAGUAUGCAUUGUGCGGUCUAAAUUUAGGGUAUCCAAGGUCUAGACGCCCUGCAAUCGGCGUCGGUCUCUGCAUCUCUGUCGCGAUUGCAGCCCCAGCUUUUGCCAGUGUGUACAAUAUUCUUAGCCCCCUGGGGAGGGAUUACGAAACCGAAAUGGAUCAAGAGGCACAAAGUGAGAUUAUUUCCACUGUCGAUAGCAAACCAGGAGCUCUUAGAGCAAAAUCGCUCGCAAAGAAGUAUUCUUUCAUUGCAAGCGAAGAACGCGGGGCUACUGAGAGUAGGCCAGAGUGGGUGGGAGGCCUUUUCGAUUUUUGGGACGAUAUAUCUCUGGCCUACCUCUCGAUCUUCUGCAGCUGCUGUGUAUUUGGUUGGAAUAUGCAGAGGCUUGGAUUCGGCAAUAUGUACGUUCACAUUGCAACUUUCCUCCUCUUUUGCUCGGCCCCCUUCUUUAUCUUCAACUUAGCAGCAGUUAACAUAAACAACGAAGCCGUUCGAGAGGCAUUAGGGCUUUCCGGUGCUGUCCUCUGUUUCUUCGGUUUACUUUAUGGAGGCUUUUGGAGAAUUCAAAUGAGGAAAAGAUUUAAACUUCCCAGUAAUAACUUUUGCUGUGGACGUCCCUCGGUUACCGACUGUUUUCAGUGGCUUUUUUGUUGUUGGUGUUCUCUUGCUCAGGAAGUGAGGACGGCGGAUUACUACGAGAUUGUCGAAGAUAAGCUUUUUGUGAAAGAUUUAAACGAUGGAACUCAACUUACUAUGUCUCCUUUGCCUCGCGAAGAUGGGUCGCCUCUUUUCAGGUCCAACCCCAGUUCACCCUACAGGGGUAAUUCGAGUCCGUCCAUUUUUAAGAUCGAGAUCCAGUCGACUCCUAGUAGAUUUUCCGGUGGGCAUACUCCAGAAGAGCAUUUGCCUACGAAGGGCAAAGAAGAGAUGAUGAAACCUCCUAUUCCUUCUGUUAUACAGAGAGAAGAACAGUGAGUUUAUUUCGAUCCGAACUUGCGUACUUGUUAAAUCUUCCUACAGUACAUAUUUUCCAUUUUGAGUGUAUAAAGAACAUAUACGGCAUUCUGUGUAUUUAGUCCAUUUCUAUACUCUGAAAUUUUCACCUUUUUUUUUCUGAAUAAUUUAUAUUGUCUCUUCAUUCA